ACGUGCCCUUCACAGUAUCUGGAUAAGCUUGGGGGGUGGUGAAGGAACAGUGCAAGAGGAGGUUGGCCGGAAGCUGACAAUGGCCUAAGCAAGACUUGCACAGACAGAGUAUAGAUGAGCAAUUCUUAAAAUUUUGGUGGUGGUUUUUGUUUUUCAUUGAUGCUGUAGAUUUAUGAUUACUUUAAAUUCACUGAGCUGACAGAAGGUAAUUCUACCUGUUUCAUGCUAUAUGGUGGGUUACAUCAGGGGGCCUAACGCCAGCCUUGUGAGCAGAUUAGUCUCAUCUGCGAACAGCUUCACCAUACGGCCACGCAAACCUUUGUGUUGGCACUACGGCGGGAGCCAGAGCAGAGUGGCCAAGAGCAAAUCUAAGUACAUUCUGGUGAGGAUGAAAAGCGCGGCUGAGACGGGCUACUGUUUCAACAUCAGGAGGCUCCGACUGCAGGAAAAACUGGUCCUGCUGAGAUACGAUCCCAUUGAAUAUGUCAUAGCAUGUUUCAUACUCGGAUGACUGUACAGUUGCUGUUCUUCAUGACAUUCCAGUGGGAAGUAAACGUUACCCUCAUUUUACAGAUUGUGGCACUGAAACAAAGUAAUGACUUGCCCGACACAUCAGUCUUUGAUGACAGCCAUGCCACAUGUCAGUGGCAAAGCAAAGUGACACAGGAGUUCUUUCAUUCUGUUUCUUUGUGUGGUUUGCUAGACUGUGCUGCCUCCAACAAGCAGCCACGAAGUAUGCAUCAAUAGAAAUGUUCUGUUAAGCUGCCAUGGGUGCUCCAGACAAUAAAUUUUAACCAUCACUUACAAAAUGGACCUUUUCUUUUAAAGAAAUAAACACAAGAUCUUUCUCCUCCACAAAUGAUACCGCUCUCCAGAUGACAGUUUGUGGGUUCUUUUAUGUUCCUCUGGUCCUUGCAAAUUUUCUCAGUUUAAGAAUCUGAUUUGUUGGGGGGUUAGAGCCCUUGCCAAGAUGUCUUUUGCUCACCAAGCUUUUUGAAAGGUGACUAAAAGCUGAAGUUUCUGGGAGAGGAACCAGUCUGUAGUUAGCAUUAAAAAGCUUAAUGUAACGUUAAAAAGCUUAAUUUGGGGUAACUUAAGAGUUUAGACCAGACCAUGCUAGAAAACGCAUGGGGGAGUUAAUGCAAAAAAGGCUUAUUUAAUCUAUAGAAUAAAGAAAUGUAUUAAGCAGCUCUAAGUAGGUAACAAUGCAUAGCUAGUACUUAUGUGGUUCAAGCUUAUUUUUUCUUAUAAUUUUAUGUUCUUGUUAGAUGACUAGCCUUUUCAUACUCGGAUCUAACAGUACAGGAGCUUUAUGGCAGGUGAGAGAAACUACCAGAGAAACAGUAUGUUCUCAUCAAAGUGCUCAUGCUGACAGAUGUUGUGGCUCUCCUUCUGAAUUCCACACAGAAGGGGAACUGGAGAUCACUGGGAUUAUUUUCUUCAAUAAGAAAAUUUUAAAUUACUGCAUCGAAACAUUGUGCAAAGUGAUCCUCCAGAAGCUUCACAACUUGUAGGAAAUGUGAAGAGAGUGGAGUGCUCAGGCUAAGUAGCGCUUCUGUUGCUGAACAUGUAGUAGGUUGUUGAAGUACAAAAUUGGAAGUAAUUAAGAAAAAAAGCUCUGAUCUUUGUAGCCUGUAGUAGAACACAAGUGAGAAAUUGAUGUGAGAAAGUGCUGCAUGUGUGAAGGGAAGUAAAUUUGAGUCUAGAUACCAGCUCACAUCAGGAAUAUGUUUGGAAGCAUUUUCACUUGGCAUGCAUGUUCACCUUAUGUUUUGUACUUUUCAAAAACCUGGGACCUCCGCAGAAUGAAGCUUUUUAGUGAAGUAGUGGCAGUAGUGCCCAAGUUUCACUACCUCCUAACUGCAGCAACAGAAUGUGUUACUAAGUUGCAGUAUUUCUUAAAGCGAAACUUUUAUGUGGAAGAAGUGAUUUUGUUAUUGUGUGGAUUGCUAUUGCGUAGCUUUCAAAGGAAUUCGUGUAAUGAAGUUCAAUCAGAACAGUGGUGCUUCUCAAAUGGUGCUGUAAGGCUUUGAUUUAUUUUUAUGGUUUUUUAGUAAUGCAUUGACUUUGUUUAACCUAUAGUUGAACUGACUUUGAUAACGUCUGCAUCAGGUGUUGGAGGCAGGGUAAGUUUGUGCCUCAUUGAGAGAUCCACAGGAUGCUUAGUCAACUGUUCUGUCAGUCUGUGAGACCGACUGGAUCCAGCUCAUCAUCUGUAGCUGUUUGGGCUCUGAAGUUGAAGAGUAGUAGAAAGCAGUAAGAACCUAUUUUUGUCCCUCCAUCGAGCAGCUGUGACUCAGAAUAGUUACACACAGCAGCUGUUGAAUGUUUUCAGCCACUUAAAUCCUAAUACUUAUUUUCACGGAGGUAAAAUGGACCUCUUAGGAAUUAAAAAUUACAUGUGGUAAAGUGAAAGCACUACUGAACUCCUUCAAGAGUUGGUUAACAGCAGUGCUGUGCCAGUCAGUUGCUCCACGCUCACUUAAGCAGCGAAGGCAGCCAGGAGAAAGGGAUGUAGGCUUGUUGAAUUUCAUCUCAACGCUUCAGGCUUCUUAACAGAUUCUUUUCUCC